AUGCUUCUCCUUGGAAACGAGGGCAAAGUGGAGCUUGACUGGGCAUUGAUGCUGCUGGCCUUGCACAUGUGGCGGCGGGCCUCUGCCGCGGCAGAUCGAAAGGAGUUUCUGGUAGACAAUGAGCUGCUACAGGCACCAACGUCAGGUUUGAGCUACUUCUUCUCGAAGAGCUUGCACGAUGCACGAGACUUAUCCCUUGUGAGCUGUCGCAAGACCACCAAAUCUGAGCACACCAGGUCGAUGCCGGAAAGACUGCGAUGUGGGGUCAGGCCUGGAGUGUCAUGUACGGGGCAGAUGCGAUUGCCGAUGGUAAUCCGAGAGUCUCUUUAG